AUGCCUUUGAGAUUUACAGAGCUCAACGAUGACGUUCUGAUCAAGAUUUUGUUCGAAUGCACGCUUGGCGAUGUGCUUGCACUUGAGUCGACAUGCAGGUCGAUGCGUUCCCUCCUUUCCGCUCCGAAUCGACCUUUGUGGCUGUAUCUCAUCCAGUCGCUGGAUGACGUCCAUGCGCCAGAUCUACCGCCAUCUCUGCCGACCAAUGCCCUAUCGUCUACAGAGCUGAAGCAACUCGUAACACGUGCCGUUCGAGGAUACACCAACUGGAAUCAGACCAGCUCUUCACUGUCAAAGUCAGACUCUCGUCUAGCACCGCAUGUUACAAGGCUAAGAAGUAUUGAUCCGAGAAACACGAGUGGGCUUCUGGGUGACCUACGACGACGUCCGGAUCAGCAUCGCGAAAUCAUAAAGAUCCUCCCUGGUGGAAGAUACGUUUUCAUGUUAUGGUCCGCCGGUUAUCUUCAGUGUUGGGACACCGAGGAAAACAAGGCUGUGUGGACCUAUCCUCAACUCGGAACAUUCGUGGAGAUCCAAGUACUCGCAUUUGACGUGCAGUUUGAUGUACAGAGUGAACAGGUCCUGUAUGUCAUUGUAGGGAGACAUCUCGAGUCAAUCUACCUUAAUGAACCAUGUUUCCUAGAAUUAGCAUGGUUUAAUCCUAAUUCAAGACGUUCGACGCAACUCAGGGCAAGGAAUGUCGGUUGGGAAAUACCAUCGCUGGUUAGAAUAUGCGGAGAUGCUAUAAUUUUGAGUGGAUCUUAUUGUGUCAUAGCAAACAGGCAGCUGGACAGGUGCUUUGCAUUGCGGGAAGUUGACAUACUCCGGGACACAAUAUCGGUCGUUGACAACUACUUCACUUUCAUCGGCAAAGCGUCUCACUCUAAUGAGUUCACACUCUUUGCACUUGACGCACAGCGAAUAUUUUCGGGGCCGCGAGCACCGCGAAUCCCAAUCGCUCCGCGUGGCAGACUCGAUUUCACUCUUUCAAUACAAUCAGACCUACACAGUUUUACGCUGAAGGCACCUAUACCGACAGGUUCGGAAUGUGUUAUUUCUGCCCACUUGGUAUCAUGCACGCCGACGUGGCGUGGAGACGACACGACUACGAUCUCUGUCAUGCUUAAGCUCUUUAGCAUACCAUCUGGCACCAACACUGGUCCACAGAACUCUACAAAUACAUGCACACGAUUGUCGCUUUUCACUUACCGACUCACAUCACGUCCUUCCCCCUCCUCGUUUCUACCGCCGUCUCUCAGUCUUGUCCGGACCUACGCACCGAUUUCGAUCCCACUGCCUCAUCCAUACUGUGUCGAAGAUGUGCAUGUGCUCUCUCACUCAGGACGUGGUAUCAUCUCAAGUGUCAACAAAAUACACGGCGAUGUGCGUUAUUACGCAUUCUCAUUAGAUACUCUUUUCCGUGGAAACAGGUCCAACCAGCAUAAUAAUGUGUCACAGCAAGAUAGACAUUCAUUUAAUCUUCGUCCUAUACUCUUUGGCCGGGAGUGGGUUGCACCUGGUGAGGUGUAUAUGGAGAAGUACAGUGGUUCUAUAGUAUUUGUCUCUAAGGGUCUACGGACUCUCAUCAUUCAGUAUUAUGAUUGA